AGUGAAAAGUUCACAGAGUUGACCCUUCACCGUCAGUCUGUUCGGAUUUGAACAAGUCCACCUCGUGCAUGGGGAUGUAACUGCUUGCAGUGCGGGGGCAUCACAAGAGCGAGUUACUCCGCUUGUUUGGGUCUUAGUUCGAAGUCCACUGCGUCCAGUCCGCUGAGAUUUUGCACAAGUAUCCACAAACCAGCGCAAAAUGGGGGGCCUGGCUGAAAGGGUCAUUCAAGAAUCGUCGUGCUCAUGCUUGGCAGUUUCAUCGGUUUACUGGCACUGUGUAAAAUUGUCAUCGACUGUGUGAAAGUUGGUCCCAGCAAGGUGUUUAGCCAGCAGAAGAGAAACAAGCCACCUGCAUGUUUAGAAGAUUCCAGCCUUGGAACUCACGGUUACGCCCAUUUAGAAGAUAUCCGUAUGCAUUAUGUGAGCAAUGGAAGUGAAGAUAAACCACUAAUGCUGCUGGUUCAUGGCUUCCCAGAGUUCUGGUACUCUUGGCGCUAUCAGCUGAAAGAGUUCAAGGACCGUUACAGGGUUGUUGCAGUUGACCUAAGGGGCUACAAUGAAACUGAUAAACCAUCAGGAAUAUCCAGCUAUAAAACAGCAAAGCUUGCUACAGACCUAAAACAGCUGAUAACUGCUUUAGGUUACAGUGACUGUGUCCUCGUUGGACAUGACUGGGGAGGAGCUGUCUGUUGGGCAUUUGCUGAAAAAUUUCCAGACCUUGUGAACCACCUCAUCAUUCUCAACUGUCCUAAUAUAAAAGCUUUCCGGAAGCACGUUCGGUCAAGCCUGAAACAGGUUAAAAUGUCCUGGUACAUGUAUUUCUUCCAGCUUCCCUUUUUGCCAGAACUCAUGUUUAAGCUUCAAGAUUAUGCCAUUCUUGAUCAACUUUUUCGUAGCAAGCACAGCGGGGUUCGUUCUGACAGAAUGUCAGAUGAAGAUAUUGAAGCAUACAAGUACACCUUCAGUCGCAGUGGUCUGACCGGGCCGAUCAACUUUUAUCGUGCUGCAUUUGAGGUAGAGAGAAGACCACCCGACCAGUCUGGAUCACGAUCUAAAGGGAUCAGCGUGCCUACCCUGGUGCUAUGGGGCACAGAGGAUGCAGCGUUGGAUAACAGACUUGCAGAAAUGUCCUGUGAAGUGUGCACAGGCAAGGUGGUGUUAAGGUACAUCGAGGGUGCCAGCCACUGGGUACAGAUGGACAGACCCGAUCUUGUCAACAAAUACAUGCGAGAGUUUCUGACUGAGUCGGAAAAAUAAAAAAAUACAGAUCAUUUAUGCUUUUUGAGGGGAUGUCUUACCCAUGUUUUAUUUUUUGCAUAUAUCUUAUUCUGGGUUACGGAUUGGGUUCACAGAAGUUGUACUGUCAACUUAUGAUGUGAAUCCAUGACAUUGUGGAAGGUCUAGUUUCAGACUAGAAACUUUAAGAUCAUGAAAUUCGAAGGAAUGAGACUGACACCAAUUUUUUUCUUUUCCAGCACCUCUUUUGUUUUGCUUUUGUUGUUUUUUGAAAUUUUUCAAUAUUUAAACAUUUUGUAAUAGUCAUUGUCAAUUGGGGAGAUGAAUGGAGUCUUCAGAUCUUACCUUGUGCUGCAAAGCAUUGUCACUAGUGGGGUUAUUGCUACCUCACUUGGUCUUUGUAGUGAAAGAACAGUUGUGAUGGCGUGAUCUCUUGUUGAAGAGAGUAAGAGUGGUAAAAAAGAUUUUCAAAUAUUUGGGAAAAAAAACCAACAAAAAGGAAACCAAAUCAACAGGUAGUGUCAAGAGACAAAAGAAAUGUUCAGGGAAAUUUCAAGUGGUAUCCUCCCCAUUGUGUUACUCUGCCUGGUUUUAUGACUGUUGUUGCACUAAUAUAAUAUAUCAAAUGUCUGCUUUUAUUUGUCCUGGCUAGGUUAUUGCAACUCUGUGUUCCUAACUGCCUAUUGGACAAGUUUCAAAGGACUAAUAAUAAUGCUGCUCCUAAUGUUUUCCGUGAACUACACUCUUCCGUGAGCUUAAUUUCUCUGGCACAGUAUUUUUUUUCUCUGUAUGUAGCAUCUGUUUACAGAGCUGGCUGCCUUGCCAUGAUAUAGCUUUAGUUGCUGGCUCAACGUGAAGCACCAGUUCGUAUAAUGCCUUGCCAUCAGAGACUGUGAUAUAACUCAUACCUUUUUCAUUCUGUUUGAGAAAACUGAUAACAAUUUGAAAAAUAUCGACAUGCGUGAGUUUUUAUUUUUUUAAUAAACUUUGAGAAUAGCACACGA